AUGUCGGCCAGGCGGCUGGCGCACAGGUCUCUGGGCUCCUGCCGACCUGCAGAGCCACGGGGGGCAGCUGAGCCCUGCGAGCUCCCUGGCCUUCCCAGCGCCCCACGGCGGCUGGCCCAGCAGACGCAGGGGCAGGCGCUGGCGUUUCUGCAGCAGCGGGCGGAGCAGGAGGCCUUGGAGACGCAGAUGGCGCUGAACAGGAUGCUCCUCCGACACCAGCUGCAGCGGCUGAUGCAGAAACACUCGGCCCAGGCCAGGCAGGAAAUGGCUUCGACGCCGGAGCGGCUGCCGAGCCGUGGGGACCCAGCGCCGAGGACGAGCUCUCCCAGGACCGUGGCGGCCAGACCCUGGUCACACCCACCCCUGGGCACAGACGCCGCUGUAUCCUCGCCCAGGGAAGGACGGGCGAGUGUGGCCGGCACGCCAGCCCCUGCAGAGCUGGAGAGGCCUGACCAAGCCCCCUCCCAGCUGCCCAUGGCCAAGCUCUGCCCUCCGGACCACCCUACCCAUCAGGCGAGGCCAGUCUCUGGGGAGGCCUGGACGCCUGGCAGUGACUUGGCCCGGUCGGUCUGCCAGCCCCAGUGGAGCCCCGCGAGGCCCCGAAGCGCCGAGCCGCUGGGAGAUCUCGGAAGCUUGGGCCGCUUCAAGCUGCGGAUGCUGGAGCAGAGCCUGCACGAGGAGGAGCUGCGCGCGCAGCACCAGGCCGCGCUGCUGCGCCUGCGCGAGAUGGCGCUGGAGGAGAAGACCCGCGCCGAGCUGGUCUGGCUGGAGCAUAAGCGGGGGUGUCUGGGGAACAGGGAGGACAAAGCCAUGCUGGCCGAGCUUUCGGAGAAGCAGCAGCAAGCCCUCAGCACGUUUGAGAAGGAGCAGAGGGAAAUCCGACACCUGCGGAACAUCCACCUGUUCAUGCACCGCGACAGGAAGCUGCUGCUGCAGCAUCAUAAGGACAUCCUGUCCCUGCAGAGGUCCAUGGCCCACCUGCAGCAGGAGCUGCAAGCCGGGACCAAGCUGCCGCAGAGUUCCAGCCCCAAAGGCAAGGUCACCUGGGAUGGGGGCUCUGAGAAAAGCCUGCAGCCUGAGGGGCUGGCACAGGGCUCCCCGUGUCCCCUGAACCCACCCAGGCCUGGCAGCCCCACCGGCCAGCACUCCCGGAGCAGCCCUGCAAGCUUGGAAGUCACGCGCCUCCCCGCUGAGCAGCAGGACACGACACCCCCCCAGACAACUUCGGACACCGACGGUCACCUACAACCUCCGACACCAGCGUGGGGACAGGACACACUCAGCGCCCCGGACCGGCUGGUGGAAAGUGGCAGUCAUGUCGGCCAAGAGCCUGGGAAGCGGCCUCUCGUCCCUCUGCUGGGUCUUGAGCCCACGAGCUCCCUGGACACCGGGCAGCAGCCGGGCCCGGCCUUUCCUGCCACGGUGGCAGAGGAGCGCCACCCCACGGCUCAGCACAGCCCACAGGAGGCGAAGGACCCGCCCCCAGGAGACCCUCAGACCACGCCCUGCCCCUCCUCCGCAGAGGAGCCAGAUGGCCACACGUGGGGCCCCCCAGCUCAGCGCCAGCACUCCCGGGACAGAGGGGGGCCUUGUGGCCCCCAGGAAGCUAGCCAGGCGGCUGAAGGCGCCACGAUCCAAGUGCAGUUGGGGCCCCGUCUUGCCGGGAGCCCCCCAGCGGAGCCCCAGGACACAGAGAGCUGGUGGUCAGGGGAGCAGAGGACAGAGGCCUGUCUGCAGGAGCCGGGGGUCGCCUCUGCCCGUCUGGAAGACGCCUGGCUGGCCGCCUCUCCAGGUGCUGCCCCGCCCCCGACCGGCUUCCACGAACCCCCGGGGUGA